GACAAGUAGUACCAUCUGAACUGCUUGGGUGUAGCACCUCUUUCCUGCAACAUGGCCAAGUGGUAACAGUUCAACUAGUUUGGUACUUUUUGUUUGUGGUAAGGCGAGGAAAGAUUAGUGAUUGUUUAUUGAGUCUUUUACUGCCUGCCGACAAUUACCCAAUGGCAUCCGACCAAUCAUAAGGUGUUAUCAUAAGUGGAUUAGUAAACGUCACGAGUACUGCCAAUAACACCUGCACACAAACUUGUCAAGCCGGUUUGACCACUUUCCCGGAUGUCAAGUCCACUACGUCAUCGUCUUUACAGUACAAACUCGUUGCCCAGGCAACAAGAAGAUCUGAUAGCGUUUUCCAGAAUUUGAUUGGUCUAUUUAGCAGCUGAUUGACAGGUUGUCAUCUCAACGCAGCGGGUGUGGGAGCCGACUCUUUGUGCACACGUCUAUCAGAAGGUUGUGUGGCGUUUGAUUUUGUGUUCCCGCCCCUGCCUCUGUUGCUUGAAAAUCCCAAAUACUUUUCUGCUCGCCAAGAGGAAAUUAAGGAAGACUGUCGGUGUCAGUUUCGAGUAUUAAGUCCCACGAGGAUUCACAGUUUAUUUUAGAACCAUCUUCAGGCGGGAGAGGGCACCAUUCAAUAUAUUUCAACGAACGACUAACCUUCAUUUCACCGCCAUUGUAAGUGUCGUGUUCGUUGUUGCAAAACACCACAUGGCUUUCGAAUGAAAGGAACUUCGUUUUCUGUUGGUCUCUGAAGUUCGUGAAUAACCGUAACAUCCUUCGUCGACGGAGAAAGGUCCACCAAGUAACCACAAAUCGAAGAACGGAAACUGAAACUACUCGAGCAAUCUACUGUCGCUGUUCAAUGCAGACUGAAUAAUCACUUUUUUUACCAUUCGCUGCACAAAUUAUAAUUUUGUGCCAGCCUCGUCCUCGAGUCGGUCACGUUCAACUGGACGAGUGGAGCUCCCUAUCUUGUGAAUGUGGAACUUUGUUCUUGAAAUACUUCAACGAGGAACAAGGGAUGGCAUCGCAAGCUGUAUCAAAGGGUUCCAAGCGAAUAAAAUUAUCGCCAAACUCAGAUGAGAAAGAUGAUGUAAACAGUGGUACAACUGACGAACAAGGUCAUUCAUCAGUUGACACGGCUUUGGAUAAAAAAACAGUUGAAUCUGGCGACGAGCAAAAUUCAAAGUCAACAAAGAAAGACAGUGAACUAGUGGUAAUAUCAUCUUCUUCAUCUGACGAUGAUUCAGACAAGGAACUGAAGGCAAACACUAUCGAACCUGUUAUAAAAAAGGAAAAGGCAGAAACAUCCCUUGAUGUUUUACAAAGCAAACUGCCAGUGAAUCAAACAGAAUCCCUCGAACUCGAACAGGCUUCUAAACAAAUUAAGGUUGCUACUGAGCCAAAAUCAGAGAGGAAUAAUUCAGAUUCAGAUGAAUGUAUCUCUCAGGAGGAUCUGCUUGCACAGUUGGGAUUGAGCUCUGUGAAAGAACUUAACAAAAAAGAGACAAGUAAUACAGAAAACAACACACCAUCAGCAAAUGCAAAUGGGGUCGAGAGAAAACCUUUGAUAUCUCACAGGGCAAAGGAAAGUAUCGUUGAAUUCUUGAAAAUACCAAAGCUAUCCUCUUUGGACAGCAGGAAAAAAAUCAAUGGUGAGGCAAAGGGUGAUGUCAACAUCACAAAUGGUAAUACUAGUGAUGGCUCAAGGCCAGGUUCCCCUCUGUCUGAUGAAAAUGAUGAUGAUCUUCAAGCUAAAGAAAAAUUGAUUGCACACCUUAGAAAUGAACUGAAGCAAGAGGAAGCCAAACUUCUCUUGUUGAAACAACUACAUGCUGCACAAAAUGAUGUAAAAGGUAGCUCCAAAUUUCAGAAAGAAAACGUAGAGAAGUUACCAGUACAAGGAGCUCCUCCUCAACCUGUGAAGUCCUCUAUGCAGCUUCCGCCUAAAAAAGGGCAGAAUCUUCCUCCCCCACCACCUUUGAAGGCCUCAACAGUACUGGCCACUUCUACAUUCCAUCCACCCAGGGAUGUGCCAGGGCAGCCAAGGCUACUUCCAAAAGGAAGUGGUAAUUCUCAAGCACAGUCUUCAAACUCUGGGUCUUCAAAGUUUUUAGGUUCUGCAGCCCAGACUUUGAAAGAGUUUGCAGUGCAGCAGUCCAUACAUCAACAGUCAACUCAGUCACAUUCAACAAAACCUGGAUCAUCUGCAAUUGCUGAUCUGCAAAAUGUUGUCACCUGCAUGGCAAAUCUAAUUCAGCCUACUCCUUUGUACCCUCACAGUGCAGGCAGAGGCAGUCCAGCUUAUUCUGCAGCGAAUCAGCCUGCCCCUGUUCGCCCUACCCCUGUCAGAGCAAACAAUGUUAGCAGCCUACCAGCCAGUAGUGGAUAUGUGUCAUUUCAGCAUCACUUGCCAAGCAGCUCUCAUCAACAAAGUCCCGGUGGGAAACAAGCUGCAGCCAAGAUGGCACUGCGAAAGCAGUUGGAAAGGACACUGCUUCAGAUACCACCUCCAAAGCCACCUCCCCCUGAGUGGUCAUUUAUUCCAAGCCUUGGCAGCCAAGACUUUAUGCUUCUGGUUGGGCUUGAGUCUGUGGUGGAUGUUAUGGCUGCUAAAGAAGCCAAGGGAAAGCAAAAUGUGCCAUUGCAAGAGCAAUUGAUAAACCCGAAAGUUUGUUCACGUUGUAACACAGACUUCUCGCCUUCAUGGACAAAUAAGCCAGGCAAUGACUUAGAGCUGGUAAUUGUGUGUGAAAAGUGUAGCACUGUCAAUGUGAAGAAAGAGCUUAAAGCAGAACACACUGCUCGUUUGAAGGCAGCAUUCUUGAAAGCUCUUAAGCAGGAACAGGAGAUUGAGCAAAAGAUCAAUGAUACCCCUCAAAUUGCACCAAAGCCUCAUCACCAGAGUCAGAAGUCUUCUCCUCAGCCUCCUUUAGCCCCUGCACCCCCUCGUCACCACAUAGCACAUCACCAACCUAUCAUGCAUCAUCAUCACCAACCAGUCCAACCUGCACUGUAUCACCACCAUCAGCCUCACACCAAUUCACUGUUAUUUCAGCUGCAGCAACAGCACUUGCAGCAGCAACAUCAGGAGAUGGAAGCAGCAGCUAGACAGCAAGCAGAUGUCAGAUGGCACCCUUACAUAAGUCAGCACCAUCACUCUGGAUCUCGCAACCCACAGCAUCAUCACAACUAUGUGUCAGACUCUGAUAGACAAUACUUGCUGGACAUGAUUCCUUCUUUGCCAGCACCAACUCUUGGUUUUGGCUCUAGAAUCUAGUGGAUGGAUUUAAGAGGCAAUACCUGUGCCUUGUUGAAUUGAAGCACCAGUUUUCAUAGUAUUCUCCUAUGCCUCCAGGUAGUGAACUUAAUAAAAACAUGAUUAGGCAAAUAAGAAGGCAAUUGAUGAUUCUAAGGAAAAUCACCAGUUGUGUAUUUGAUUGGGAAGCAAACGAUUGUCUAGUUCUUUGAAUUUGAUAAUGUGGCACAGUCCAAUAUGUUUUUAACAUUGUGGACUAUGUCAUUGGGACUGAGAGCAUGGUACUUUCUGUCCAAAUGUAUUGACUUGAUUCUGAUUAGCAGUUCACCACUGGCAUGUGGAAGGUGUUUCAAUUCAGAAAGGCCCAAGUAAGAAGUAAAUAUUUAACGAAGUACAGAGAAGAAACAUGUAUAAAAUUAUCUGUAAUUAUAAGACUCUUGAAUUGACAAUUAAUGUUCCACCAUCCUGCUUUCCUAGAAAUCUUUGGUCAACCUUGUUGUACAAAGGGCUGUACAAUUUUUUAUUUCUGUGGAAGAUGUCCAGUCCUCUAGAGUUACAAAUCAUAGGAUUCAAUUGUAGAGUUCCACAUAGUAGUAAACAGCAUCCCUUAAUAUGCAAACAAUUUUUAACAAGCAUAAGUUUAGACCUAUUGACAACUUUGUCAGAUAUUAAUGCCCCUUAAGGGUGUAAAGCCAGGAAAUCAGUAGUCUGAAUUAAACCAGAGCUCUUUGUAAAGCGUAAGGGUACAUGUAGCUCUUGUCAUAGUAGAGUUAUUGGUGUACUUAGGGAGGGUUAGGCAAGGUGCGCAGGAGGGUAGAUAUGCAUGAAAAGAGAAUCUAAUUCUCUUUACAGGUGAUUAUUUUGGGCAUACUGUCCUAAAUUACUCUUGGAAGUAGUUGCACCUGAAACUCCUCAUAUCAGACAAAUUGCUGUAAUUGUAUUUGAAUCUUUCACCAAGUAUUCUUUCUUCUCCCGAUAAAAACAUGGAUAUUUCAAUUUAUUUAUUAUGAAAAGCAAUUGCUUCAGAGAUAACAAACUGUAGUAUAAAAUAAAGUCCGAAGACGGCA